AUCAUUGAGAUUAAGAUCAGGUAGGGUGGGGAGAGAGGGCGUGCGUAUGGAGACGACAACCUGCUUCUCAUAGUGUGAGCAGUACACCCCAUAAGGACCCAAUUCGGCAACAUGAAGGCUGUCCGCUGCUGGCCUGUAGCGCUGCUUCUGUCCUUGGUUCUACUGCCUGACUACACUGCGUCCCUGAGAUGCUACACCUGCAUGGGCUCCAACAAUGAGGACUGCAACCGGCAGGGCUCCAAGAUCUGCCCCAGCUUCUCUGACGCGUGUGCCGUGGUACUGGGCCAUGACAGCGGGGUGAUGAAGACCUGCUCCUACAAGUCCUUCUGCAGCCAGGCCAACAGCCAGGGCUACCGCUCCCCGGGGGUCAGGGUCCACUGUUGCUACGGCGACGACUGCAACGUCACGGGCGUGGCCGCCGCGCCGCCCGCCCUCAGCUUUCUGCUGCUGUCUCUGGCCGUGGUGCUCCCUCGGGUGGCCUGACCGCAACGCCGAUAACACAACUACCACCACUGCUACUAUUAAGACUAUUAGUACUGCCAAUACUUUUACCACAACUACUACUACUAAUACUACUACGUCCAGUACUUCUACUAUACUACUACUAAGACUACUAGUACUGCCAGUACUUUUACCACAACUACUACUACUACUAAUACUACUACUACUACUACUACUACUACGUCCAGUACUUCUACUAUACUACUACUAAGACUACUAGUACUGCCAGUACUUCUACCACUUCUACUACUACUAAUACUACUACUACUACGUCCAGUACUUCUACUAUACUACUACUAAGACUACUAGUACGGCCAGUACUUCUACCACUUCUACUACUACUACUCUUCAACUAAUACUACUACUGGCAGUACUUCUACGACUGCUACUAGUGCUACUACCAUCAAGACUACUACAGCUGCCAGUACUUCUGCCACUACUACUACUACUAGUACUACUACCACUAAGACUAAUACUACUGCCAGUACUUCUACUACUACUACUACGACGACAACGAUGAAUGCUACUCCUGCCAUUAUUUUGACAAGUGCUAAUACUACUACUAGGAAAUGUGUAACUUUCGCCGUUAAUGCCAUCUACAGUGUGACUACACUUGUAUCCUCUCAACACAUCGAUGCCAAGGAACCCUGUCUCUACUUUUACUACCCCUACCUGGUUUUAUAUGGAUGUUGAAGACAGGCAAGACGUGAUGAGGACUUCAGGAUUUAUUCGUUCAUCUGGUGGAUCGCUGCCGUCCAUGAUUAAUGAUUAAUAGGGUAAUUAGCUAAACUAAGGUGUCGUCCUCUGCAUACAAGUUACGAUGCUUAAAUUAUUUAUUCUUAUAUGGUCUGUUUUGCUACAGCACUCAAACCUGCCUGGCACAAAGAAUGAAACAACAUGUUAUUGGGUUCAUUGUUUGCCGUUUCAAAACUAAAUGAACUGUGACGUCUAUGAUUAAUUCACACUCAUGCAAAUAAGGCAAAGACCAUAUGCAGUUGCUGGCGUGGAAUUAACCAAUUAGCCUCUGAACUCUCAAUGACGCAUCUGAGUCAAAUGUACGUGCGUUGUUUUAAUGCAAUACCGGUAGCUAGUGUGUGAAAUGUGAAAUACCCUUAGUUUCAGCAAUGGGGGGGGCCUCCCUACAUAGUGCGCCACUGUUAUGCUGAAGGUCACCCAGACUCAAUUCUAGUGGCGGCGCUAAAUGACAAAAACAAAUGAGUGACAUGAGGUUUAAUGCGCAGUCCCCAAAAAGUUUGGGGACAGCUACUACAAAUUGAUAGAUUUUUUGUGAAACGUUGAAAUAUAAUGUUAAUCUAUUAAUGAUAUGUCAUUAUUGCACAUUAAUAAUUAAGAUUUGAAUAUCUAAGAACUUUUCAAGAUCGUAAUUAUAUUCGGUAUCAUUAGCACUUAGCAGUUAUAAUACCAAUCCACAAGGUGCAAAUGUGAUAAAUUCAGACUAAUAUGAACUAAUAUCAACAUAAUAUGAACUAGGCAUAACCUAUAUUAACCCAUGUCUGCAUUAUUGGAAACUCGGUAGUUGAAAGAGUAGAAUAAUGUGUUUUGAAUCACCUAUUUGAGAAUAUGUUGAAGAAAUAAUACAUUUCCUAAUAAUAUUAGAUAAAUAUAGCUGAAUUUAUUGAUGACCUACAUAAUGUUAUUUAAUAGCCAGCUGAUGUGAACAAUUAAAAAAUGUUUGUUGACAUCCUUAAAGAUAUGAUCUCAAUACGUAGGGAACCAUGUAUUGUCAUCAAUAUAUCAAUAUAAUUAGAUUAAUGUGACCUUUGAACAUCCACCGGACAAACCCGACUCUUCACCACGGCUUGUAGUUCUCCCGACCUCCACUGUGGGGCAGUGCAAGCAUACUUUUUGAUGUCCGAUCCAGGCAAAUGUCAAAUCAACUUCUUGACUAAGAAUCACUCCUAAAUCGAUUGCCGUUCGUGAAAUAAGAAUAUGCAACGCUAUUUUAUGUUUAUUUGUAUUUUUUUGUAUAUCUUCAAGAAAACAUAAAAAUACCUCUCCCUUUC